AAAAAAAUUACGUUGUCUUCAUUUCAAUAUUAUCAUAUUGUCGGAAUAAAAUACCAUGUUACUCCUUUGUAUCCAUAAUCUUUUUGACUUUUGCAGCUUCAUGCAUGACAAGUAUUGAGUUAUAUACUUGUUCUUCUCAUGAAUUUUCGUAUUUUUCUUUGAGUCAUGUUUAUGCCUAUCCUAGAAUUGCCCGUGACUUCCAAGUUUUAUAUGUGCUGCAUGGUGUACAGUUCAUCUAUGCAGUGAUUAUCAAAGGAUUUUUUGUGUUCCACUCUUUGCUCCCCAUGAACAUUUUUCAGCCAAAUGGCACACAUUUCAUUAUAUUAGUGCUCUUUUUCCUUGGUAAUACAUUUCAAUUUAUUUCAGAUCCUUUUCUUAAUAGUUUCACCACAACACUUGAGGAGUGUCUGGUACUUUUCUGUCUCAUUUCAGCCAUUGAAUACACUGCCUCUGAUCUUCAACUUGCCCCUCCUUAGUUUUGGAGAGAGCAAUCUUUUCUUGUAUGUGAAUGGCAAGUCAUCCAUAGUUCAUCUGAUAAUUUUGGGUAAAGAAGGGUUGAAACUGAUAAUUUGUGUGUACUGUCUCUGAAGGUGUAUCCAUUUAUUUAUUUAUGUAUUUUACAUUUUUCGCAUCUAUGUACUAAUUUUAUCUUUCAUUCAUAAAUAUCUUCAGCUUUCAUCUGGAACAUUUCCAACCACCUUGAACGUUUGACCUUGAUGUAGAAUAUGAGUCUUCAUAAAUAUUUUAGAGCUGAAAGUAUUAAGAACUGUGAGUUUUCAGAACUUGGAAGCUAGGGGGGAUCUGGUAGUGGUUUUUCUGGUCUUAGUUUAUCUAUUUAUGAUUCUAUAGCUGAUAUUUGAAUUCAAGAAAAUGCUAGUGCAAAUUGAUAUGGUGUGUUAUUGAGAUUGUUACAUCUUUUACACCUGCUAGGUGAUCUCUAAUCCUGUGAUUCAAAGUCCAAACCCAGAAAAAAAUGGCUCCCUCUAUUUUCAUUGGAAAUGCCUUCUUAUUGGAGAUGAAAGCGAGUGACAAGGGAGUUGGUUGACAAUGACAUAGGGUGCUAGUGGGUGUGCAAUUAGGCUUUGACCGGUCCUCUGGAGCAGUAUAUUUUUUUAAACAGAACAACCUGACUUUUACUUCAAUUUUUGGCCUUGAUUAAAAUGGAGAUUGGUGGAUCAAAGUGUGAAAGCACAUUUAUAGGCACGGCUCUCUUGGUCAAGUAUCUAUUUGGUGAUGUUGUGGCAUAUACUUCAUACUUAGUCAAACUAUUUUGAAAAUUUAAAUUGGUUGUGGGUUUGUUUGGUAGAUUCUGUUCCAGCUCAUAACUUGUUCGUGGCUGUAAGGUGACGAAAGUUAUGGGACAUAGACAUCAGUUCAGCACAUCUCAUGUUUUUGAGGGUGAAAAUGAUCAGAAUUGGAAUCAUAUGAACACGGAGCAACCUUUUGGGCAUUUGGCAGCCAGGGCUGGCACUGGAGAGAACGGUUCUUUCUUAUAUCCUGUGGAAAAUAUGUUUAUAGACGGGAUGCCUUUUGCGUCAAAUUGGAAUCCAGCUCUGAGGUCAUAUGGGUAUUCUAACUUGAACCACAAUGUUGAUGUGCCACAUUAUCAACCUGAUGCUUCUGGUCCAUCGCAUGAUCCUUUUCAGCAUCCAUUGGGUGCUGGCACCUUUGGUACGGUCGGUGGAAAUUAUGCUCACCAUGCACCCUCUUCCAGUUAUGACCGGAGGGCAUUCCAUGGUGUUGAGGGUGGUUUUGUCGAUCUCACAAUGAGCAAUGGAAGAGGGCCUCACAAGAGAAAAAGCCCAGGGAUCCCUUCAGUAUCUGAGAGAGGCAGCACAAGCAGAUACUAUAGUGCUGGAAGUAGUUCCUCUGAGCUCCCUAGAUCUUCAGAAUUACAGCAGGAGAAAGUAAACAUGGAUACCCCAUACAUGCCUUGGGAUCACAUGUCUAUGAUGCCCAGUUAUAGAGGGAAUGGACUCUCAAUUAGGGGUGAGGGAUCCAUGCGAAAUGUGAGAAGCCGGUCUGAACAUGAUUUGGAGUCCAACUUAGCUAGGACACAUUUGUCGAGCAAUCCUUUACAUAGUUCUUAUUCUACAAAUCUCCCCCCUAUUGACCAUUCUAGUACGAUGGAUCUUUCUGGCCAGGGUUCUAUUGGUUUGACCCAUGAGUGGAAUCAUAUUAACGUGUCUCCUUCUCAUGGAAGGAUUAUAACUCCAGAUGCAAGUGGUUUCAGUCAUGAUCCCAACCACUUCCUUGUAGGAAGCAGUGUGGGUAAUGCUUCUGUGGAAACAGGGUUAUACCAUCAUGAUUUCAUGUCAAGCAGAGCCACUGCUGUUCCUCAAAGUUAUCCUGGUGCCUUACCGCAAUCUGUAAGGGGAGUUCGUAGUAGCUAUUCUCAAAGAUCUGCCCCAACCUUCAGGGCUUCUUCAAGCAACUUGCGAGUGGGACAUGCACCACAUUCAGAAGAAGGAUUGCAGUUGGCGUCUGAAAGUUAUCCUAGACAUCCUAGGCCAGUGGCCACGGUUGGGUGGCGUAACAGUGAUAGGAGUGGUAGGUCGAGGAUGUCUAAUGAAAGAUUUCGGGUCUCUGAAGAGACUGGUCUCCAGGAUCGGUUUUCGUCUGAGGGUUUUAUGAUUGUGGAUCGCCCAGCCUUGUAUGGGUCCAGAAAUAUGUUUGAUCAUCAUAGAGACAUGAGGCUGGACAUAGACAACAUGAGUUACGAGGAACUCCUAGCGCUGGGUGAAAGGAUUGGGAAUGUCAGCACAGGCGUGUCUGAAGAUUUGAUACCAAAGUGUUUGACAGAAACGAUCUAUUGUUCGUCAGAUCAAAUCCAAGAGGAAGGCACAUGUGUGAUCUGCCUGGAAGAGUACGAGGACAGGGAUGAUGUGGGGGCAUUGAAAACUUGCGGCCAUGAUUACCAUGUGAGCUGCAUCAAAAAGUGGCUGUCAAUGAAAAACUCUUGUCCAAUCUGCAAAGGUUGUGCUCUCCCUGAUAAUAUGAAGUAGAAAUAAUUUAAUCGCAUCACUUGUGCUUCAUUACAUUGGCAUUCUUGUAUAUAUAUUUAGGGAUAAUCCUCAAAAUGGAGGAAGCAGACUUGUUUUGUGUAUUGUAAAGGGAAUGCUAGCCAAUUUCAAUCCAUUUGUUUCAUUUCAGGCUUCCAUUUAAAUAUUGUGAAGCCUUUUUUAAACCCUUAUUAUUUUCAUGGGGCUUUAGUGCAAAGAAUAUUUUAUUUUAUUCA